AUGCAGAUGCACUUAGUUUGCGCUCCAGAACGUCGCGUGUACAGGUUUGUUAAACCGGAGAACACGGCAGCCCAUGUCUUCGUUCUGAAAAACGCUCGUGCAUAUGAAACGGUCUGCGACUGCGUGGAGUCUCUGUGCAUCAAGAGGCAGGGCAAUAUUUGCGGGCAGUAUGGUCCAGGGGGAUUGAAGAUGUUUCCCGGCACAGAAGGACGCAGCACGGAGCAGAAGCGAAUUUCGAUUGAGACAUGUGUCGUAAAAUGUUCAAUUGUCGCGAUGGUCUUCGGAGGCACAGUAGAGCCGUGCACGGCCACGAAUGACUGA